UGUAGAAAAUUACUAUAUCCUGAAACUCGCGGACAUUUUUUUUUCCUUUGUUUUUUCCCCCUCUUGUCCUGUCCAGCAUCGAAGCGCAAGCAUAAUGAUCACCUUGAUAACCUAAGUUAAGAAGCUUAUUUUAUUUUAUUUUUGAUGCUUGUUUGUAGAUUAACUUUUAUAUACUCGCGGUCUUUCCCUCUCACAGAGAGACAAAACAAACGCACAUAGUUACAAACGUCAGUCUGUCGUGCAUGCAACGUCAUACGCCCUCGACCAGCAGAAAGAUAGCGGCAGCAGGUGCUAACGGUUACACAUGGAGGACGACGAAUUAAUAAAAAAAAGAAACAGCACAGGAUCCAUCGUCUGGCGGUGGUUUGGAUUCAAGAAGGAAGAUGUUGAACAAACAACGGUGAUAUGCAAAAUCUGUCGCAAAAGCAUCGCUUCAAAAUGUAGCAGUACAUCAAAUUUAUAUCACCAUUUGAGAACCCACCCGCUAGAAAAUGAAGAGUGCUUGAAACUCCGCACGACAACAUCUCAGAGCGGUGCAAUAUCAAAGAAAGUGCCUAAGCAACCAGCACUCACGCAACUGAGUCUGGCCUCUUCUAUUUCCAGAUCAACGCCGUACGACAAAAACAGUCAAAAACAGAAGGAGAUAACGUGUGCAGUAACCCACCACAUCGCGAAAGACAUGGCCCCGGUUAAUGUUGUUGAAAAGCCCGGGUUCAGAAAGCUCAUCAACACACUUGACCCAAGAUAUAAUCUGCCGGGUCGCAAAUAUUUUGCAGAGAAAGCGCUGCCUGAGUUGUACAUUAAAGUGAGGGAAGAGCUGGCCAGUCAGCUUGUAAAUGUGACCCACUUCUCAACAACUGCCGACAUAUGGAGCAGCCGAACAUGUGAGCCAUACCUCAGUUUGACGGUCCACUAUAUAGACAAUUGGGAGUUGAAAAGCAAGUGCCUUCAGACGAGCUUUCUUCCCGAGGAUCACACUGGCGGGAUCAUCGCACAAGGCCUGCAAGAUGCUCUCAUGUCAUGGAAUUUAAAUGAAGCUCGUCAGGUGUGCAUCACCACCGAUAACGGUGCUAACAUCGUCAAAGCUGUGAGCCUGAACCACUGGACACGUCUACAAUGUUUUGGCCAUCGCCUGCAUCUUGCAAUUGAGAGAAGCAUGAAGGACCCCCGUAUUGACCGUGCUGUUGCUGUGUGCAAGAAGGUAGUGAGCAGCUUCUCUUUCAGUUGGAAGAGGAGGAGAGACCUGGCCACAGCGCAGCAAGAGCUAAAUCUCCCGGCACACCAGCUCAUCAGUGAGUCUCCUACCAGGUGGGGAUCCCGAGAGAAGAUGAUUGAGCGGGUACUGGAGCAGGAGCAAGCUAUUUCUCAAGUCUUGGCUGCAGACAAGAAAACCCGGCAUCUCGUUCUCACCUGGCAAGACCUGGAAGUUCUAGAGUCAGUGCACAAGGCUCUCAAACCUCUCCUGGAAUUCACUGACGCUCUAUCCGGUGAGAGCUAUGUCACAGUGUCCUAUGUCAAGCCUGUUCUCCAUCUCUUCCAGUCCAGCCUCUUGGCACGUCAGGAGAAUGACACCCCACUGACCCAGUCUAUCAAAGCCUCCAUCCUGGAUUACCUGAGGGAGAAGUAUUCUGAUCCUUCCACUAACGACCUGCUGGACAUGGCAGGCUUAGUGGAUCCCAGGUUCAAGAUAACAUACUGCACAGAAAAAAAGGUGGAUGCCAUCAAGAGCAGAGCCAUAACCGAGAUGGAGGCAAUGCUCUAUGAGACUGACCAGGGCACAGCUGAGUUGGCUGCUUCACUGCCUCAAGAUGCAACAACGGUAUCACAGCCAGAAGAGCCACUAAGGAAGAAAUCCCUGGGCAGCUUCUUUAAAACUGCAGCAACAUCUUCUGCCACACUGUCGCAGAGAGAGCUUAUUGAAAAAGAGUUGUCUGCCUACUUGCAGUCUGUUAAUGUUGACAGUGAAGCAAAUCCAUUGCAGUGGUGGAAAGACCAUGAGGAAAUGUUCCCAAACCUGAAAAAUGUGGCAAAAAAAUAUCUGUGUGUGCCCGCCACCAGUUCCCCAUCGGAAAGGGUAUUUAGUACCAGUGGUAAUAUAGUUACAUGCCAUCGAGCAUCUCUCAAACCAGACGCCGUUGAUAGGCUUGUGUUUUUGGCACAAAACCUCUAAACAACCUGGUAUUCCCUGGUUGUUGUUACAAAGGGACAACAUAGUAUGCACGAAAUACAACUACAUAUUUUUUUACGUUUUAUUUGUGCCACAUAUUUCAUGCAGAAGAAACCAAAACUAAAGCUGCAAACUUUUCCAUAAUGGACCAGAUUCACCUUUUGUGAAUUGUUUUAUGUUUAGGUAUUGUGUUUGAAACCAUAGGAUUGUUUAUUAAAAAACUAAAAGGAGGGUCAUUUUUAUAAAUACACUUUCUUUUCCAACAUUUGAUUUCCUAUUAUGCAGCUAUUUUUUAUUUUACUGAUUUUGAAAUUACCUGUGACAUCCUGCACAAAAGCGCAUUAUAUAUAUUUGGGCAUUAUGCACAACAGGUGCACUUAAAUUUAGUUUUGUUUUGAAAUGUCAUCUUAAUGACAACAUGCACAAAAGGGCACUUUUUUAUUUGUUUUAAAUUAUUGUAGUGGCAUUAUGUACAAGUGCACUUUAAUUUUGUGUUUUGAAAUGCCAUGUGAGUUACAGCAUGCACAAGCGUGCCCUAAUGUCUUGUUUUGAAAUGUUGUCUCUGACAAUUUUGCACAAAACAUGCACUUUCUGUUGACAAUUUUAUGUUUGUGCCACUCACUGUUUAAUAAAUACAAUUAUGUUAACUUUGACUUAGUUGUGAUAUCCCCUUUUUUGCAUGAAAGUUUAAAAUUAGCAUAUAUUAAUGCAGUAUGAACAAGAAUGUUUUAAUGUAGACAUAUAGAAUCAUCAUACUGGUGUGAUUGUAUGCAUCAAAGUUUUAAUUCAAGGCUAAGGCAAAAUAUCGAGAUAUAUAUCGCGUAUCGUGACAUGGCCUAAAAAUAUCGCGGUAUUUAUAAAAGGCCAUAUCGCCCA